GGGGUGGCAGGGGCUGAGGCGGGCAGCACCCCACUUCUCCCCUACAUCAGCACUCCUGGCUGCUGGAAGCCAGGGCUGGCUAGCCCCCAGGUCGUCAGCUGCUGCCUCCCCUGGGACCAGCAGGACACCUGGAAUGGGCUGUGUGUUGUGCAAGAAGGUGGUGCCCGCACCAAAGGAGGAUGUUAGCCUGGAAGGGGACUUCAGAGGAGAUGGGCCUGAAGAGCGCUAUUACCCUGACCCUACUCAAGCUCGGUCUGCGUCCUUCUCUCCUCAACCCACCAGCCCUGCCUUCCUUGAUGGGGGCAACAUGAGGAGCAUCUCAGGAACUGGAGUGACCCUGUUCAUCGCCCUGUAUGAUUAUAAGGCCCGGACAGAGGAUGACCUCACCUUCACCAAGGGCGAGAAGUUCCACAUCCUGAACAAUUCGGAAGUUGACUGGUGGGAGGCACGCUCCCUCAGCUCUGGACACACUGGCUAUGUUCCCAGCAACUACGUGGCUCCUGUGGACUCCAUACAGGCUGAGGAGUGGUACUUUGGAAAGGUCAGUAGAAAGGAUGCUGAGAGGCAGCUGCUCUCGCCAGGCAACCUCCAAGGGGCCUUUCUCAUUCGGGAAAGUGAGACCACAAAAGGUGCCUACUCCCUGUCCAUCCGAGACUGGGACCAGAGCAGGGGCAAUCACAUAAAGCAUUACAAGAUCCGGAAGCUGGACACGGGUGGCUACUACAUCACCACUCGGGCCCAGUUCCAGUCUGUGCAGGAGCUGGUGCAGCACUACAUGGAAGUGAAUGAUGGGUUGUGCUACCUGCUCACUGCACCCUGCACCACCACGAAGCCACAGACGCUGGGCCUGGCCAAGGACGCCUGGGAGAUCAACCGCAGCUCCAUAGCGCUGGAGCGCCGACUGGGCACCGGUUGCUUUGGGGACGUGUGGCUGGGCACGUGGAACUGCAGCACGAAGGUGGCGGUGAAGACGCUGAAGCCGGGCACCAUGUCCCCGAAGGCCUUCCUGGAGGAGGCGCAGAUCAUGAAGCUGCUGCGUCAUGACAAGCUUGUGCAGCUGUACGCAGUGGUGUCCGAGGAGCCCAUCUACAUCGUAACAGAGUUCAUGUGUCACGGUAGUUUGCUGGAUUUCCUCAAGGAUCGAGAGGGCCAGAACUUGAUGCUGCCCCACCUAGUGGACAUGGCAGCCCAGGUAGCUGAAGGCAUGGCCUACAUGGAGCGCAUGAACUACAUCCAUCGGGACUUGAGAGCAGCCAACAUCCUGGUUGGGGAGCGGCUAAUAUGCAAGAUCGCUGACUUCGGGUUGGCUCGCCUCAUCGAAGACAAUGAAUAUAACCCCCGACAAGGAACCAAGUUCCCCAUCAAGUGGACAGCCCCAGAGGCUGCUCUCUUUGGCAGAUUCACUAUCAAAUCAGAUGUGUGGUCCUAUGGGAUUCUGCUCACAGAACUAAUCACCAAGGGCCGCGUCCCCUACCCAGGCAUGAACAACCGGGAAGUGUUGGAACAAGUAGAGCAGGGCUACCACAUGCCAUGCCCUCCAGGCUGCCCAGCGUCCCUAUAUGAAGCCAUGGAGCAGACCUGGCGUAUGGACCCGGAGGAGAGGCCCACCUUUGAGUACCUGCAGUCCUUUCUGGAAGACUACUUUACCUCCACAGAGCCACAGUACCAGCCUGGGGACCAGACAUAGCCUGGUUAGGCAUCAAUCACCUCUCUGGGGGUGUCUACCAGCCCUUAUCAAUCCCAGGGCCCUGGUCCCAGAGCUUCCAGGCUUAGACCCUUAUAGAAUCCUAUCCUCUCAGAGAAGACCAAAAGCUCUGAAGCCAUUUUACAGGUGGGGCAAAUGGAGUCUACCAGCUCAUCUCUCACCCUCCCUGACCCCAAGCACUAGUUCUUCUAUUCCUAUUUAGGCCCCUACAUGCUGCUAGCCUCUCUCUUCCAUCUCCUAGAAAUGCUCACACUUCAUCUAGUUAUUUAUAAAAUUGUAUUUCCCUUCCUCCACUUACCUCUUAUUCCUGCUUUCCUACCCUCCUAUAAGCUCACUCUGGUUCAGGCCUCACAAAUUUAAUUCCUGCUUUCAGUUCUCUUGGGUCUCUCUAAAUUACAAAGUCAGGGAAAGUCUUUGCCUCCCUUCCUGAUGGCUGGACUAGGAUCCAGGUUCAGGUCUGAGAAGGAGAGUUGCUGAAGGCUCACCACCUCUCUGAGUAAUGUGUGUGUGUGUGUGUGUGUGUGUGCGUGUGUGUGUGUGUUCAUUAUGUAAAUAAGGACAAUGAUGAUGUGACUCCUUGAACUGUGAAAAGUCCCUGAACCUUCUUUGGGGGAGGGAUGGUGGUUAGUAGAAGGUGAACAGGACAGGUUUGGCUAUUGGGAGCAGGAGGGGAAAGCGAGGUGUGCACCUCCCCCACCUACUGAGGACAAGGUACCGAAUACAAUGUGUGGAGUCUUAGGAUACUCCAAAGUCCCAUUGGUCAUCCACAUAUGAAUUUAGGAUGUUGAAAGAUGGCCACAGAAGACAGGCAACUGGAACUGGAGCAAGAUGGCUUUGAAUCUGUGCACACUGCACAUGCUAAUUCUUUACCUGAUUUCAGCAGAUCUACCACUCACUACAGACACACUGGGACAAUCUUAGGCCUUCCUCAGGAGAGGCAUGGAGAAGAUCAUGCAGCUGUCAGGUUCUCCAAAACAAGGCAGAGGGGGAAGGAAGGGGAGAGCCUGGGGAUUGGUCUAGCUUAUCCGAUCUCACUAGGGGAGUCUUGUUCCCACCCCUUUUGGAGAUAGUUUAAAGCAGUGUGGUUUGUUAUAGUAUAUGGAGCCUCCUGUUGACUAGGUUCAGGGCUACUGGACAACCUUUAGUGCACUUAUGUGAUGGUAAAUUGGCCCAUGUUUUAGGUUCUCCUUUGAGAAACUGGCAGCUUAUCUGCCUCUGUGUGGAAACAAGGAAAGCAGAAAAUAUGGAUUCCCACCUCUCCCAUAAGGAAAUGUUUAUUGACUGUCUGACUUACUCAUGGAGUAGAGGAGAGAGAAGCAUGGGAGCUGGGAGUCACCAUUGCACUAGGCAAUGAUUAGUUGAGUGUUGACUCUGAUGGGCCCUUUGCUGGGUAAGACCCUGGUCACAGACACAUGAGUAAGCUCUCCCCCUGCCCUGGAAGAGUUCCUUCAGGCAGGGAGAAAUAAUAAUAAUAAAAUAACAAUAACCUAUUUUUUUGGUCUUUUUGAGGCCAGGUCUC